AUGAUGCAUGUAGAGCUUCCGUGGGAAUUGGUAGAAGAAAUACUCUAUUGUCUUCCGCUUCAAUCUCUAAUUCGAUUCAAAAUUGUUUGCAAACAAUGGAACAAACUUUUCAAAAGCAAGUCGUUCAUCAACAACAACUCAGUUCGUGCCCGUCCUCAAUUUCUCGUAUGGACCGAAUCCAAAAUGUAUUCGGUAAGCGUCAAUCUCAGCAAUAAUCCAAAGAUCGGGAUCCAGGAGUUACCCUUAGAUAUUCCUUCUUCUGAUAAUAACAAGAGCACAAGUUUACUUCCUUGUGAUGGCUUAUUAUUUUGUGACUGGUGGUUAUGGAAUAAUAAUAAAGCUGCGGUUUGCAACCCGUGGUUGAGACAAACUAGAUGGAUCGAGACUAAUAACGAAGAUUUCAGGUUUCGUGGCAUGGGAUACGAUAGUGGUAGACCUGAAAAGAGUUACAACAUCGUUGGUUAUUAUAAAACAAUUGAUAUCUACACAUUAGACACUAAUGAGUGGAAAUGCACAAAUGUUAAUCCGGGAAUACAGAUCCGCAGAAGUACUAAUGUGUCUUUGAAUGGAAAUUUGUAUUGGACUGAUCUUGAUCAGGAGACCGGUGAGUACUUUAUCCAAAGUUUCGAUUUUUCGAGACAGAUACACAAAGUUUUUUGCGUUUUACAGUGGAUUACGAUAAACUCUUCUUUUCCAGUCCUCUCAACUUAUAGGAAAGAUCGGCUUUCACUGUUAAAAAAAUUGAUUGGAACAAAUAAUAAUAUUGAGGUUUGGGUGACAAAAAACAAGAUUAAUAAUGAUGAUGCAGUGGAGCAUGUAUCGUGGAUAAAGUUCAUGACAGUUUCAGUACCUAUUAGUAGGAUUUUUUCUCCAAGUUUCUUUAUCGAUAAUGUUUACAACAAAAAGAGUCUCGUCAUGUGUUGUUUGGACGAUGGAAACGAAAAGCUUUGCAUUUAUAUUGUGAGGGGCAAGGCGUUGACGAAGAUUCAAAUGGACGCUGAUGCUAAACAUGCUAUUAAUCAUUGUUCCUAUGUUCCCAGUUUGAUCCCAAUUCCUCCAGAGAGUCCACAUAUUUUCAAGAACUAA